CUCCAGACCAGUGAUACCAUGGAACUACAGAGCAGACAAAGGUCCCCACAAAUGGGGGCAGAUGUUCCCCUACCAGUGUGCCGGGUCGAUGCAGUCCCCCAUCGCUAUACAGACCAUCAACACGAAGAGGAAAGAGUGGGCCCCUCUGGAGCUGAAUGGAUACGGCGAUACCGACGGGAAAAGGAUGACUCUUACGAACCUCGGAACUACAGUGGAGCUAAUGUUGGAGGGUAACUACACGAUCCGUGGAGGGGGACUUGGGGGUACCUAUGUGGCUGACCAGGUGCACUUCCACUGGGGUUUCUCCAACGAGCAGGGAUCUGAACAUGUCCUGGACCGCAGAAAAUAUCCCGCAGAGAUGCAUAUUGUUCACCACGAGCAGUCGUUAAUAGGAGAUAGCAUCUUUCACACACCAGGCGGGGUAGCAGCAAUCGGUGUCUUCAUCGAGAUCGGUGAGAAGAACGAAGCUUUUGAAAAACUAGUGAAACACCUAAAAGAAAUCAAAUUCAAAGACGAAUCACAACUUGUGACCGAACCUAUUCGACUCACCGAGCUUUUCCCUAAGAAUCGAAGCCAGUUCUACCGUUACAUCGGUUCCUUAACCACGCCCCCAUGCUAUGAGGUAGUCACGUGGACAGUCUUAAAACAACCAAUCACAAUAUCUCGAGAACAGAUGUCUGCAUUGCGUGGUGUUUUCGAGACAACCCGCCAUGCCUAUGUUUACCGCACUGAGACACCCAUAUUGCUACAGAAUAACUUCAGACCUGCGCAAAGCAUCAACGGUCGCGACGUUUACCGGUGCGGAUUCUGAGGGAAGGCCGUCGAUGGACUCGACUGCGUUUCUCUGCAAUAGUUCACAAAACGACGUAGUACAAAAACACACUUUGAAAUGAAUAGGUAAAACUUACCUAUUUCAACAGAUGAGGGAUUACGGAGCUAGCGCCUGGACGUGUUAUUUUCCGCCAUAGUAAUCAGCAUUGUCACCAUGUUAUAGCAACGUUCUUGAUUGUAGGUUUCAUUUAUGACGCCCAUGCCGUCACAAAGAAAGCAAUUUGUAUUGUCAAUAAAAAUUAUACUCGGGUUACACAGGAAUAUGCCUUUGUCACGUUCGCACAUUGUAUUUUUAUUUAGUAACUCAAAUAUGCUUAAUCCAGGUCAAAACAAACCAUACAUACAUUUUUAAACCUAAAUAAUUAUUCCCUCCUUCACAUGCAAUGUAUCCAACAUCAGCUCUGAAAUUCUUCAUUCUAUUGAUAGGAGAGGGUUAAAUUUAGUUUAUCAUAAUAACCCAACAACUGGACUCGCUCAGUUAUGAUCAUAAUUAUCAAGAAAAUUAUGUUAACAACAAAUAAUACUUUAUGUCUUUACCUGUUUGACAUGAGAUAAUAGAACAACUCGCUAUGUAUUUGUAUGUAUAUUAUGCUGAAAUUUACUAUCUGUGUGUUGAUACUUGAUAGCACAGAUGUCGAGCAAGCCUAGCUAUAGCAUACUCCUUCUCUGUUAGGA